CUCGCGUCUGAUCAGCAGCAGGAGCGUUUCUCCAUUUAGCAGCCCGUCUGCAGCGACCCAGCCCGGGACUCUCCCCGCUCCAGCGGCCCGCCCCCCCCCGCCGCCCCCCCGCGGGCUCAGCCGUUCCGGGAACUUUCCCCUUUGUGCAGACAGAAGACGGGAGGACGGCGCCAGAGAGCCUCUUUGUUCCAGCCCGGUCUGUCCCGUUCCUGGUUUUUGGGGGGGUCGGCUCAGCGUCGCUGCUGGGGAGACAGAAUGGGGGCGCAGCUGUCCAAGACUGGAGGGACAGCGGGACCUGCGACGGAGCAGCCCGGAGAGGCUGCAGCUCCACCCGCCAAGACCACCGGACAGGAGAAUGGCCAUGUCAAAUCCAACGGUGACGCCUCCAUCGCAGCAGCUGAGAAUGGAAAACAGGAAGUGCAGGGCAACGGUAGCACCACAGCCGAGGAACUCUCCAAGGAAGACGGGCUGGUGGAGGAGGAUGGUGGUGAGGGGGAGAAAGUAGAGGCUGCGGCCCCCGAAGAGGCCAAGACAGAAGAGGCAGCGGGUUCCAGCAGCAGCGAGACGCCCAAGAAGAAGAAGUUCUCCUUCAAGAAGUCCUUCAAGCUCAGCGGCUUUUCUUUCAAAAAGACCAAGAAAGAGACGGGCGGCGGUUCAGAGGCUGAGGAGGCUCCAGCCACGGAGGGGGAGGCCACGCCCGCCGGGGAGGGGGCGCCGGCGGUGAGGCCGGCAGAGGAGGCCCAGCCCGCCGGCGGGGAGGCGGAACCUGCUGCCGAGCCGGCCAAGGUCGAGGCAACGCUGGCACAGGCCCCAGCAGAGCUGCCGGCCGCGGGGGCGGAGCUGCCGUCUCCGGCCGCGGGGGCGGAACUGCCGUCUCCGGGGGCGGAGCUGCCGUCUCCGGCCGCGGGGGCGGAACUGCCGUCUCCGGGGGCGGAGCUGCCGUCUCCGGCCGCGGCGGCGGAGCUGCCGUCUCCGGCCGCGGGGGCGGAGCUGCCGUCUCCGGCCGCGGGGGCGGAGCUGCCGGCUCCGGGGGCGGGGGCGGGGGCUGAACGUCCCGCCGAAGAGGCUAAAGAGGAGCCAGAGGCGGAGGAGGAACCGACUGCAGUGGCCCAAGAGCCAAAGACGGAAGAGGCCCCCCCGGCGGCCCAGGAGGCCCCCCCGGCGGCCCAGGAGGCCCCCCCGGCGGCCCAGGAGGCCCCCCCGGCGGCCCAGGAGGCCCCCCCGGCAGCCCAGGAGGCCCCCCCGGCAGCCCAGGAGGCCCCCCCGGCAGCCCAGGAGGCGGCGCCGGCAGCCGAGGAACCGGCAUCCGCCACUGCCGCCGAGGCUUCUGCUGAGUAACGUCUGAGAAGAGCAAGCGUGGAGCAGGAAGAUGAUCCCGGAACCCCUCCCUGGUUGGACUGAGCUCCGGUCCCGGCUCUGACGGCUCCCCCACAUCCAGGAUCUCUAAAGCUUCCUCUGAUUCCCAGUUCCCUCUCCCCUUUAUACAGCAAACCCAUCUCUGUCCCCGGCCGGCGCCGGUCGGCUUCAGCAUGUCCGGCCCAUUAGAUCCACCCACGCUCCACACCGACGUCAGUAUUCCAGACCCGGGGGGGGCUGACGUCAGCUCUACACCGCCACUCCAACACUCCAGCAGUCGUCUUCAGCAGCAGAUCCGGAGUUGGGAGGGUUGAGGAAGCCGUUUGCUCCUCCUCAGUGGUGGCGUGGGAAGCACCACUGGUAUAGGCUUUACGGUUUACUGUUGGUUCGAUGACCUUAAUAAAGAUGUAAGUAUGUACAGGCCGGCUGUUUUAACUGUGAUUUUUGUACAAAAUGAAAAGAAAGAAAAAAAAAAAGCUAAAAAUCUCUUGAAGCACGUGAAGUUUGCAGAUCCUUUUUCUCGCCACCUGCAGAUUUUUUUGUAAAAUA